CAAAAUUCUUAAUAUCAAAAUUAAUUGAAAUUAAGUGAGUUAUUUUGGGUGAUUCUACGUAAAUAAAUUAUAUGUUUUAGUUCUAGCUUAUAUAAUAUAAAUUAUAAAACCAAUUAUUAUGUUCAUAAUACAACAAAUUAAAUUAUCGCAUCGUACCUUUUAGAUUAUUAUUGAAUACUACGUGUUCAGUAAAUUCUGAACGUGUGUAAUUUAUUAUCUAUAAAUCCAGUUAUGAUUAUUAUUAAUUAUUUUUCGUUAUAUUGUAAUCAAGUUUAUUAUUAUUAUUGUUAUACUGUGUAUUAUUAUGAUAGCCGCUUAUCGGACGAUACCUUUUUGUUUUGUUCUGGAAAAUUAUAUAAGUAAUCAGUCGUAUUCCGUGUGUGCACACAUACGUGCACCCAAAGUGUGUAUCCAUGUUAAUUUUGGUAAUUUUUAUUGUAAAUAAACAACUUUAAAUUAUAAAAUAAAAAUACAGUCCACUACAUCGAGUAAAAUGUGUACAAAUAUCUAUUAUUGCACUUCUGGUAAUAUGUAACACACAUCAGCCCAGAAAACUCAACAUUUGGUCCAUUCGAGCCGGAUACGUACCACGACGUCAAGUCAAAUUCAAUCAGUAUCCAUCAGUUAUUGUUCAGUGCUCAAUGGAAAUAACCACACACACCACAUAGCAUACGAAGUGGGUGACCUUGAGAGCGCAGUAGAGUAUAUUAUUAUCGUCUUCGUCAACGGCGUGAUAACUCAAGUACGAGAUUCAGCACGGCGUAGAAGAGGCAACCAGGUAUACAGCAGUGCAGUCAAGGAUAUCGUCUCCGUCAACGGCGUAGAAGAGGCAACCCAGUAGACAGCAGCUCAGUGAGGUAACAGUCCAAAUCAUUUAAAGGCGCAACUUUAUUGGACAUGGCAGCAAUCACCUCAGCAGCAAGGUAAUGCAAGUAGGUGCAUCGCAUACACGCGAGAUCACAUGUUUUUUUUAUUGUCAUAAAUCAUAUAAAUACAGAUCUCGGUGUAGGUCGCGUGGAUAAAAUCAAUUGCACUGAAAGCAUUUUACCCGGUAACAUUAAUUUAAGUUAAUAAAUUAACAUAAUAAGUAGUCAUUAAAUUAAAGUAUUAGUUAAGUUAAGCAAACAUUUCGUUGUCGGGUCUUUUCCAUAAUUCCCUGUUCAUAAAAUUAUAACAACAAGGAAUCAACAUGGACGAGGAAAUGAAACAAAAAUUCGCAAAAUUAAUUGGUCGACGUGGUGUAUAUAAAGGUAUGACCACCAAACUACAAAAAUAUUUCGACAGUUUUGACAAUGUGCAAGAUAUGCAGCAAUUGCAAGUACGUCUGAGCAAGUAUGAAAAUUUAUGGCAGUCAUUUAUGGAAACACAAGAGGAAAUUGAAUUGCUAGAUCCAUCGGAAAAUCAAUUCAAUGAACGGGAAAGUUUUGAGAAUAAUUAUUAUAGACUAGUAGGCAAUAUAAAAGCAUACAUAGAAUCAGAGACCAUCUCAACACCACAGGAUGAUGAGCAUAAAUCCAUCCCACGCACAUUCAUGGCACCAGUGCCACUUCCAAAAUUUAACGGUGAUCCGACAAAAUGGUUGAACUUUAAAAAUACAUUUGAAGCUCUAGUACAUGAAAACAAAAACUUCUCACCAAUUCAAAAAUUCCAUUGCUUAAAAGGCGCCCUUGAAGACACAGCAAGUAAUGUCAUUGAAUCAAUUACAAUAUCCGCAUUGAAUUACACGAUCGCAUGGAGUCUCGUGCAAGAACGUUACGAAAACAAACAAUUCAUCAUAGAUCUACAUAUUAGUGGCAUUAUUGAUUACAGACCAUUACAAGUGGAAUCUCACCGAGGUUUGAGAACACUCUAUGAAACACUAGAAGGCCAUUUAAGGUCACUAGAAAAACUUGGAAUAGAAGUACAUACCUGGGAUUAUAUCUUAGUCAACAUCAUCGUAAGGAAAUUUGACGAAGAAACGAGAAAGGCAUGGGAAUCAUCAAGAAAAACCACAAAAGAACCCGCACUGUUGGAAGAAAUUAAGAUAUUUAUGAAAAAUCAAUGCAACUUCCUGGAGCGCAUAGAGAAGCCAACGCAGAAGCUGAGCACUCGAUCUCAAAAUAGAUAUGCUCACAAAACUUCAACUGUUGCAGCCGUCACAUCCACUGCAUCAGUAAAAUGCGACGUGUGCGCGGAGGCACACAUGACGUUCAAUUGCGAACAAUUUCUAAACUUAACUCCCCCUGAGCGUUUUGAAAAAGCAAAACAAUUACACUUAUGUAUAAAUUGCUUAAAAUCAUCGCAUAAAACGAGUAACUGCAAGUCAUCAAAAUGUAAAAUAUGUCAAAAAUUACACAAUACGUUACUACAUUUUGACGAGAAUGAAAAGCAAAGUAUCUCUAAAUCAAAUGUAAACUCUAUUGUAGCUACAUCAAGAAACCAUGAUCACGGAGUGGUACUAGCGACAGCACUUGUGGAGUUACAAGGUCCAACACAGAGAUUUAAAGCUAGAGUGCUCCUAGAUUCAGGCUCACAGUCAUGCUUAAUAACAAGGUCACUAUGCGAGAAAUAUAAACUAGUGCAAUACAAAACAAAAACUGGUGUACAAGGCAUAAAUUGUGCACAAAUCAAUAUUUCAAACAUCACCAAUGUACAAAUGACAUCGAAAAAUAGUUCUUACACUAUUAACAUCCAAUGUUUAGUCCUACCAUCAAUAACUGCUCAAUUACCAACAUCACCAUUGAAUCCAAAUGUAAAGUCCACUUUGCCGCGUCAUGUUACCCUAGCUGAUCCAUCGUUUGACAUACCUGGUCCAAUUGACUUAUUAAUUGGAGCAAAUGUAUUUUAUGAUAUAUUAUCCAAUCAACGUUUGAAGCUACCAAACGGUUUGGUGGCACAAUCAACAAGUCUUGGUUGGAUAAUUGCAGGAGGUGGGAAUGUACCUACUGAAUUCCAACCCAGGGCAAUAGCAUGUCACUCAAUUGACCAACUGCAUCAACAAAUUACACAGUUUUGGCAAACUGAAGAGGGCAUGAUCACGCCAGCUGUAAGGAAAAACAGCAUCGAGGAACAACAAUGUGAAGACUUUUUCGAAAAAACUACAUUACGUGAUAUAGAUGGAAAAUACAUUGUGCGAUUACCAUUUCGUGAUGAUGUCAGAAAACUCGGUCAGUCUAGAGCGAUGGCUACUCAACGUUUUCUUUCCAAUGAAAAAAAACGUGAGCGACAACCUAACAUCAACGUCCAAUAUCAAAAGUUUAUCCAAGAAUACUAUGACAUGGGCCACAUGGAGAAAGUGCCAAAGCUCGAACUCGACUCAAAAUCAUUUUUCUUACCACAUCAUCAUAUCACACAAGAGUCUAGUCAAACCACAAAAUUAAGAGUUGUAUUUGAUGGUUCUGCUAAGACAACAUCAUCAUUAUCGCUAAACGAUUUAUUAAUGGUAGGUCCGACGUUACAAAAGGAUUUGUUUGACUUAAUAAUUCGUUUCCGGACAUUCAAAUAUGUUUUAUCAGCAGAUAUUACCAAAAUGUAUCGCAUGAUCAAAAUUCACAAAGAUGAUCAGGACAUGCAAAGGAUACUGUGGAGAAAAUCGUCCAAAGAUGAACUGGAAGAAUAUAGAUUAACCACAGUAACUUAUGGUACAGCAUCAGCACCAUACCUAGCAAUCAAAGCACUUCGAAGUCUAGCCAAAGACGAAGGUAAAGAUAUGCCAGACGUGGUGCAAGUUUUAUUAAAUGACUUUUACGUCGACGAUUUGCUCACUGGUGGAAAUUCACAUGAAGAGUUACUAGCUACGAGAGAUCGAUUAAUAGCUGUCUUGGGUAGAGGAGGAUUUCAAUUGAAUAAAUGGUGUUCAAAUCAUCCGUCAAUUUUGCAGGGCCUCUCACCAUCUGGUCAGCUCAAUACAAAUAAACCAAUUAUAAAUGAUAAUAUAAUCAAAACUCUUGGUGUACAGUGGGAUGCUAAGCUUGAUCAGUUGCUAUAUAAGGUAAAUAUUGAAACCCCGAAAAAGACAACUAAAAGAACCGUAUUAUCACAAAUUGCGAAAUUGUACGACCCACUUGGACUUUUAGGACCAGUAGUCUUAAAAGCAAAAAGCAUUAUGCAGAGUUUGUGGGCCUUAAAACUUUCUUGGGAUGAACCGAUACCAGAAGACCUUGAAUCACAGUGGAAUAGUUAUAUCAAGCAAUUGAGUCAGCUAGAAACCAUAUCAACUCCUCGGUACAUACUAAACGUAAAUACCCAGUUCAAUUGUUCCAUUGCUGAGAUACAUGCAUUUUGUGACGCAUCCAAAAAUGGUUAUGGUGCAUGUCUAUAUAUCCGACACCGAAUGCAUGAUGGCAAGAUUGAAAUAAAAUUAUUAUGUUCAAAGGCUCGGGUGUCUCCAUUGAAAACCAUAUCUAUUCCAAGAUUAGAGCUAUGUGGUAUGUUAGUGCUCGCACGCCUUGCUAAUCGAAUCCGAACAAAUUUGGCAAUUCCACCAGAACAUUGUCAUUUUUGGAGUGACUCUACAGUAGCACUUAGUUGGAUCGCAAUACCACCUACUCAACAGGAAACAUAUAUAGCAAACAGAAUCACAGAAAUUCAACAGUUAACAAAGCAAGCUAACUGGUAUCAUAUUAAUACACGACAAAAUCCAGCAGAUUUAAUUUCACGUGGGGCCUUUCCUAGUCAAUUGAUUGAAUCAAAUUUAUGGUGGCAUGGACCAGAAUGGCUUUCACGAGAACCAGGUCAAUGGCCGACAAAACGAGACAUGAACCAAACACCUACUGUAUUAGUUACGCAACAGCAUCCAGUAGAACAGUCAUGGCUACACAAGUAUUCCUCCUUUGAGAAGUUAAUAAGAAUUGCAGCAUUUUGUCUCCGUUUCAAAACUAAACUCUCUAAAUCUAAAUAUAUUACGAUAGCUGAAUACCAAUAUGCGUCCAAGGCUAUUCUUAAAUUUGUACAAAGAGAACAAUAUGGUAAUGAAAUUAAAGACGUACAAAAUGGUCACCAAGUGAAGAAAACAAGUACACUAAGGCAUCUCGAUCCCUUCCUCGAUAACGAUGGUCUUCUGCGAGUAAAAGGGCGGUUAGAAAAUUCACUUCUAUCGUAUAAUCAAAGACAUCCAAUAAUUUUACCAAAACACCAUGUAAGCAAGCUCAUAUUUGAAUAUCAUCACAAAGUGUUGCUUCACAGUGGUGCUCAAACUACACUAACAGUUAUACGGUUAACUUACUGGCCAAUCAAUGGAUUGACGAUCGCAAAACAAACAUACCGAAAGUGCAUAAAGUGUGCAAAAGUUAAUCCACGACCAUAUACACCAUACAUGGGAAACUUGCCAGCACAACGUAUAACACCAUCACGUCCAUUCACAAUUGUUGGUAUAGAUUUCGCCGGACCAUACUUUGCAAAGGAACAAUUGAGACGCAAAAUCCAACCUUGUAAAGUAUACCUAGCGUUAUUUAUAUGUUUUGCCACAAAGGCAGUGCAUCUAGAAAUGGUCACUGAUUUAACGACAGCAGCUUUUCUAGCUGCGUUCAACCGUUUUUCUAGUCGCAGAGGGUGCCCCACAGAAAUCUAUAGUGACAACGGUAGAAAUUUUGUCGGCGCGCAUAACGAAAUGAUCAAAUUCACACAGACACCAACAUUUCAAAAUGAAAUCAAUCACAUUGUAACGUGGAAAUUUAUACCUCCAGUCAGCCCACAUUUUGGAGGGAUUUGGGAAGCCUCAAUUAAAUCGGCCAAGACAUUAAUCAAACGCGUUAUUGGAGUAACUGUAUUAACGUUUGAAGAGCUGCAAUCAUUGUUCGCACGGGUUGAAGCAUGUCUAAACUCCAGACCCCUAACGUCUAUCUCUUCUGAUGAAAGUACUCCAUUAAUCCUAACACCUGGUCAUUUUCUCAUCGGUGCACCUAUCACAGCUCCACCAGAAACUAAUUACGGACCAAACCCACUGAUACACCAGCCAAAAAAUCGUUGGGAACAUUUGCAAUUGAUGAUGUCUCAUUUCUGGAAAACAUGGUCACAACAAUACUUACAUUCACUCCAAACCAGGCAAAAAUGGAAUAGCCAUACCUCCAAUCCAAAGCCGGGAGACAUCAUAUUAAUGAUGGACAACAAUAAUCCACCACUAAGCUGGAAAAUGGGUAUUAUAAAAACCUUGCAUCCAGGCAACGAUGGAGUGGUUCGUGUAGCCACAAUUCAAACCUCAAACUCACUUCUCAAACGAUCCCUUACAAAAUUAUGCCCACUCCCAAUUUCUUCUUCUCCUGAAGUCCUCACUCCUUCAGGCCCGGCACCAUGUUCAGUAAAUUCUGAACGUGUGUAAUUUAUUAUCUAUAAAUCCAGUUAUGAUUAUUAUUAAUUAUUUUUCGUUAUAUUGUAAUCAAGUUUAUUAUUAUUAUUGUUAUACCGUGUAUUAUUAUGAUAGCCGCUUAUCGGACGAUACCUUUUUGUUUUGUUCUGGAAAAUUAUAUAAGUAAUCAGUCGUAUUCCGUGUGUGCACACAUACGUGCACCCAAAGUAUGUAUCCGUGUUAAUUUUGGUAAUUUUUAUUGUAAAUAAACAACUUUAAAUUGUAAAAUAAAAAUACAGUCCACUACAUCGAGUAAAAUGUGUACAAAUAUCUAUUAUUGCACUUCUGGUAAUAUGUAACACACAUCAGCCCAGAAAACUCAACAUUUGGUCCAUUCGAGCCGGAU